AUGGCCGAUGAUGCUGAAACACACGCGGGCGAGCCAAUACGCCGGGGCCGACAGGAGCAAUGGCGGCGGUGGCAGCAGCGGAGAGCAGCAACCCCGGUGGCGCCGGCGAUGGCCACGGUUCAAGCCUUCCCGCAAGAUCAUGAACACCGCGACUUUGCGGGUGCGAUCUACCUCCAGAUGGCCCGCGAUGUCCUGAAUGUUGCAGAGCUCGGCGAGCUCGCGGCGGCGGAGGUGGCGACGUGGAGCCCUAAGGAGUUGGCGGCGGCAGCACGACGGGCCGUGACGCUGUGGCGUUGCGAGCAGCCGCGGGCCGCCGCUGCCAUUCGCAUUAUGCAGCGACUGCGGCUACUGCCGUCACCGUCAUCGCCACAAGUUCUGUUCCAAUCUCCUCCUGACCGUGGUGGGUCCGAUAGGGGCUCUGAGGACAGGCGUAGCGGUAGCACAGGAGAUGCUUCUGGAAGCGGACGGGAGCUGGAGACGCGCUUACUGGCUGACGCUGGCGGCAAGGGGCGAAAGGAAACAUUCCCGAGGUCCCGUGGGAUCGGUCGUGCAGCCGUACAGUUUCCGGCGGCGCCGCCGAGGAACGUGACGGCUGCUGCGCCUGUGCGGCGGAGGGUGGUGACGGGAGGCGCCUACAACUACGCUGUGGUCGUGGAAAAGCCCCUCCGGCCCCACCAGCUCCAGCUCGCUCAGCUGGUGGAGAGGCUGGUCAGGGCAGCUAAUGGCCGUCUGCCAGAGGGUUUCGGAUCCCGGGAGUUGUCCAGCUUCAUCUGGAGCCUCGUGGCGCUGGGAUACUGGCAGCCGCCGCUGGUGCCCCUGGUGUCGGCGUUUGCGGACUACGGAGCUGAGCGGCUGCGAUCUCAGCCCAACCCCAUCGCCACUGCCAUGCUGCUCCAGGUUCUGGCCAAGGCGCGGGCGGCCGCUGCUUCAGGGCAGGACACUGCCGCCAAGCUGUUGGAGCUGGCGCCCGCCACCACGGUUGCCGCCGCCGCAGCACUGCCGGGUUGCCUUCCUAGCUGCGAACCGCGGACGUUAGCAGGUCUCCUGCAUUCGUGUGCGGUGCUGCUCAGUCCGGAACGUUCAGUGGAGGGGGUCCGGCGGCUGCCCCUGGGGCCAGGAGCAGGAUCCACCGUGGCUGCAGCUGCGGCGGGAUCCGGAUUCGGAUCCGGAUCUGGGCCGCAGGUACCAAAUGGAUCUGAAUUUGAAGGGCAUCUUGGCGGCCGCACCACAGACGCGCUGGCGGCCCUGGCGCGGAGCGCCGUCAAGGAGUGCAUUCGGCGACGUUUUUAUGGUUUCGGCGCCGUGGACCUUCUGAGUGCUGCCGGUGCACUCGCGGCCUUGCAGCAAUACUGCUACGUUCCGCCGCCGCAGCUGCAGUCCGGCAGCGGCAAUCACCGCCUUGGUGACGAUGGUGGUGGUAACGGUGGUGGUGGUGGUGGUGAUGGUGGGGAGUAUGAGGCCGCCUGGGCCUUAUUGUCGUCGGCUGUGUCGUCGAGGUCGCCCGGGGGUCCCCCAAUGGCCGGAGCCACACCCCGGCAGCGGGUCGACCUCUUGAAGGCUGUCUGGAGUGUAAGAAUAUCUGCGGAUGGCCAGAUGCUGGACAGGCGGGUGGACCUGGGAAACUCGCCUUCCAUUCCCGUCCAGGAAAAUCGAAUUCACUACAACAGCUUCACCUUAAAUGAUCAAACCUAUCAUGUGGGGGAUUGUGUUUACUUGUAUCCGGAGGACGAGCAGUUCCCUCCCUAUAUAGCUCGCAUUCUGGCAGCGUUCGUCGACCGGAACGUUCAGUCUGGUGCUGAUCCACAUUGCAUUGAGGUGAAAUGGUUUGAGCGGCGGGUUAACCUGGAGCCUUCCACCAAAGGCAUUGAAGAAAGCGAGAGAGAGGUGUUUGAGCUUGAAGAUACUGACAUAAACCCCAUCGGGUGCAUAUCCGGGAAGUGCCGUAUUGUGAAGGCGGCCAAUUAUGAGGAGGCGAGCGGGGAUCGGGGGGGGGGGGAAGAGAAGUGGCACGGCGCACGGCCUUCAGCCGGUAUGGUAACACCCCCGGCUGGUUCUUCUGCCGCGGCUACUUCCAACAGAGCUCCAACUCCUUCGUGGCGUACACGCCAGAGGAGAUGGCUGCAGACGACAUCCGCCCCUCAGGGCUAUCCAACGGGCUGCUUGGGGUACCGGCUGCGGCUGCUGCUGCUGCUGUUGCGGGGGGGGUUGGGCCACACCGGCAGCGAGGGCCGCCCGGGUCUGGGGGGCAGCAAACGACGGGACAACAGCAACAGGGCCGCCACCGCGGCGGCAGCAGCAGCAGCAGCAACACAACCCCCCUCCAGCCCAACAGCAGCCGGCGAGCAAGCGACAAAAGAUGACCGGGCGGACUGGCGAGAAGGGCCCAUGGGGCCCAAGACGCUUUGUAACGCUUGUGGGGUGCGCUACGUGCGCUCGCAGCAGAAGGCGGCAGGGCAGAAGCGAACUGCGGGAGGUCAGAAGAACGGGCAGGGCCGCCCGCAGGGGUACUACAGUUGCACGCAAGAUGCUAAGAACGCUAAUGUGUCUGGAACCUGGGCCCUGAUGGCGAUGAAUAUCAGUAUGUCAGGUCCAUUGCAAGUUGAGUUCUUUUUCAGCGGGCCGCCCCUGAAUGCAAACUUGGGCGCUAGCCGGACCGACUACGCAGGCUUCAACUUAAAUGGGGUUGAGUACAAGCUUGGCGAUUGUGCUUAUUUGUAUCCGGAAGACGACGGCAUGCCGCCCUAUGUGGGCCGCAUUCUUGCCUGUUUUCACGACCGGAGUGGCCGUGCAGCUGACCCUCACUGCGUUGAGGUUGCGUGGUAUGAGCGCCGUGCGCAUUUGGAGCCCGACCCUCAUGGCGGGAACUGGGAUCGUGAGGUUGUUGCCCUGGAGGAAACUGAUACCAACCCUAUCGGAUGCAUUAGCGGCAAAGCUUUUGUGUUCAGGGCGGGAGACUAUGAAGAGGGAAGCUCGUCAGCGGACGUACAUGUGUUGAGUGUGGCGCGACUCAGACUCCGCAGCAGCGAGCGAACAAGCGGGCUGUGCCGGCGGGCGCAGCGAGGAGCGGUUACGGCGCUGGCGGCCGGCAGUCGCGGACCUCCAAGGUCAGCUUCUUUGGGGGUUAAUGUUAAUGACAGUUGUAGAUUUGGUGAUUUGAAACACUUGGCAAAGACCCAAGACCCCUGCGUGAGGGUCACCGGGAACAAGGGCCGUGACGUGGCUCGUGUGGAGGCCGCCAAGGCGGAGGUGGCGUCUGCACGCGCGGCUCGCACCGCUGCCGUCGUGCCUGCUGCAGCGGCCGGGAUGGCGCCGGGUGAGGAGGCCUCGCAGCGCCCUCAGCGGCAGGCGGCGCUCAUGGCUGCGAGCAGGACGGCGCAGUACGCACGCACCGGGUUCUUUCCCUUGGACACCAUAGACCUGCAGCAGCAGCAACAGCAGCACACGCCGGACAAUGCUGCCAUAAACGGCCAAAUUGCUAUGCACCACCAGCACCACCAGCACGAAGCCGACAUGGGUGACGUGCUGACGGGCGCAUUCGGUGGUGUAUCAUCAGCGGGGGCUGCCGCAGCUGGCGCCGCCGCCGCUGGCCCCGGAAGCCCCAACUGUUCGUCGUACGACUCAUGCGGAAGCCUGCAGGAGGGCGUUACAGUGGAGGUGGUGGUGGGGGCUGCCGACGGGGAGGCGGAAUGCUGCGGCGGUAGCGUAGCUGCCGUGGCGCCCGCCGCUGCCGCAGCGGCGACAGCUGCAACGGUUCCUACUUAUCCUUUGCUAACGUCAUCCUCUGUCGGGGCAGCUGCGGGUUCCCUCAUGCCAACCCCGGCCCAGCUCAUAGGCGGCUCGGGCAUCAUGCUGGGAGGGGUUGAAGAGUCGGUGAUGGCUGUUGCGCCUGUGAUGGCCUUGCCUCUGGGUGAGGGACAGCUGCAGAGUGCAGUGCCUGGCGCUCUGCAAACCGCAUCGGCAGUAGCAGCCGCCGUAGCAGCUGCAGGAGUAUUGGGAACGGCUUCCUCUGAAUUCGUUCUUGAAUGCGAUACUACCGGCUCAGGCAUGUUCUUCGCUUCCGGCUUGGACUGUCAGUUCAGCGGCGACGGUGUCUGCUAUCCUGCGGAUUCUCAUCAUCAUCACCACCAUCACCACGACGAUCACGAUCAGAACGGAGUCUGUCAUCAUUCCAAGACUGGUUGUGUGGCGCCGGCACCAAGCGGCGGUCAGUGCGAUACAGCGGCUGUUUAUCAAGGAACUGGUGCUGUCAGCUGCGUGGCGCAGGUCAAGUCCGUGCCUGUAUCCCCUUGCGUGGACGUCGACGGUGCCGGAUUCGGCUGCGGUGGUUUUGGUUCGGUCAGUAGGAUGCUGGACGGGGUUCUGGCCUCGGCUCGUGGCUACGGCAGCCAGCUGGGCUGCGGCUUAGUCGGCGGGCUGGAUGAUGAGUACACUCCGCUUGUGGAGGUGGAGGUGGAUUUUGGCUUGGGGCCAGCAUCAGCUAUGGGCGACGGUUCACUUUUUGACGGGUUUGACAGUGGUACUUGUGGUGCCGACACUGUGGAAGACGACGAUCCGCAGCAUCCUCAAUCUCAGCCGCUACUGGCCCAGGGCCCCGCACUCUCCGCUUCUCAAUCUCAGCUGCAACUUCCGCUUCCUACUACGCUGGUUCAGCAGCAGCGGCAGCUGCAGCAGCAGCAUGAAGAGCAGGGUGAUUAUGGUGAGGGCAACAUGGGCGUGGUGGACCUCUCCGCAGUUGCCGCGCGCGUCGCAGCGUUCUGCCCGGACCUAGCUCCAGGCACCGACGCGCGCACAUUGCUGGACUCCUUACCCCUGCUCGCGCAGACUGCCUUUCUGCCUCACGGAGCCGGUUCCGCCGCCGCAGCAGCUUUGGCUGUGGGCGAUGCGGAUGCGAUAUCGCUAGUGGCGGCGGCCGCACCGACUUCCGUGACAGUCUCGGCAGCGGACUCCGCCGCUAGCGAUGAGGGGAGCUGCUCUGUUGGAGUUGCGGUUGGAGGUGCUGUGCCGGGCGAGGCUGUGAAGCACCUGGUGGCUCUGGGCCGUCAGGCCCAAUGCGCGGCCACAGAGGCGAUGGCGGCGGACGCCGCCCUUCAGGCAGCCAAUCAGGUACUGGAGGCGCACCAGGAGGCGGCUCGUAAGGCUGGGGAGGUUGCGGUCUCUAAGUUGGGUCUCUUGAAGGACUGCAUCUCCACUCUGGCGGGCGGGGGGGAGCCUUUGGUCGCUGGCGAGGUAGGCGGGCACUUCAUCGACCUGCACGACCUGGGAACUGUCGGCGGCUUGGGCGACAUGGCGGCAACGGGCUGCUGCUACUCCUUCGACGCGGCGGAUCUCCUGGUUGCGGUUCACUCUUAA